ACUCUCUCUCUCUCUCUCUCUCUCUCACACACACACUCUCUCUCUAAAACAACGGAGAGAAAGAAAAAAACUUCAAACUCAAAACAACUUGGUACACAAAAAUGGCGAAUUAUUUUGUCUAAAAUUAGGGUUACGAAAAAGGGAGAUGGUAAUUAAAGAGAUCUUAUAUAAUUUCCACUUAUAAAUGGGUAAAUUGGAAGAAGAACAAUCUCUUUCUUCUUCGGAAAUAGCUGCAAUUAUCUCAAUAAUCCCAAAUGAAAAUGUGGAUAAUAAUACUUGUCAAAAUAUAUCUAAAUUUGUACGUUUUAGAUGUGUAAUUGCACUUUUAUUUAGUGCUGCUCUCUUUCUCUCUGCUAUAUUUUGGUUACCUCCUUUAUAUCGCUACGGAAAUCAAGCGGAUCUGGAUCGGAAUGCCUUAUUUAGAGGCCAUGAUGUAGUGGCGAUGGUCAAACUGCAAAAACCCCUUUCUUUGCUGAGUGGAAAUAUUUCACAGCUUGAGUUUGAUAUAUUUGAAGAAAUAGGUGUUGUGAAUUCCACGGUAAAUGUUAUACUUCUUGAUGCUUCGCCCAGAACCAAUGCUACAAAUGUGUUGUUUGCAGUGGAUCCAGUCUCGAAGGACACAAAAUUAUCUUCAGCUAGCUUAAGUCUAUUAAGAGCCUCUUUUGUAUCACUAGUUAUACAACAAUCAUCCCUUCAUUUGACCCCAUCAUUGUUUGGAAACAACACCAGCUCCUUUGGAGUUCUAAAAUUCAAAGGAGGAGUUACAGUGAUCCCUCCACAGAACGCAUUUCUUCUUCAGAAAGUGCAGGUCCUUUUUAACUUCACCUUAAAUUUCUCUAUCCAUCAAAUCCAAGAAAAUUUUGAUGAGUUGAAGGAUCAAUUAAAGUCGGGGUUGCAUCUUAAUCCAUAUGAGAAUGUAUAUGUGAGCUUGACGAAUUUGUAUGGGUCAACUUUAUAUCCUCCUACGACAGUUCAAGCAUCAGUCCUGCUGACAGUAGGGAAUCUCCCCCCACCUCUGCCAAGAUUGAAACAGUUAGCUCAAACAAUUACAGGUUCUCAUGCAAGGAACCUGGGUCUCAAUAAUACUGUAUUUGGUAAAGUUAAACAGGUAAGCCUCUCAUCUGUUCUACAGCACUCUCUUGAUAGUAGUGGUGGAUCUGGGUCCCCUUCACCUAGUCCAGCUCCUCUUCCUCGUACAACUGGACAUCACCACCACCACCAUCACCAUCACCACCACCAUCAGCAUGCUCAACCCCCUGAACAGCGUCACCACCCUCAUCCCCACCACGGUUUUCCAGUGGCUCCUGUACCUGCACCUGAAAGUAACCAGGCAAAGCCGCCAUCUGGUUGCCAAAAUGGGCCUAUUCGGAAAAACAAGCAGGUUCAUUUAACUCCUACUAUUUCACCAAGUUAUCAUGCUUCGGCACCAAGUCCACAUGUACACCCACCUGCUCCAGCCUCGCAUUCUCGUCCUACAUUUUCUCCUUUACCUGCUGUGGUUCGGGCUCCUGCCUACCCUCCAAGUGAUAAUAAACCAUAUGUAGAACCUCAUCCUCCUGAUGUAAUGCCAGAUUUCACGCCAUCCCCAUCUCCAUUUUCAGCAGGUUUCUUCCCAUCUGUACGAUGGUCCAUUGUAUUACUUCUACCUCUGGUAGCACAUCUGUUAUGAGGGUAAAAAAAGAGCGUCCGUUUACAAAGUCAGAAUUGUCACUUCUCUGGUUGCUGAUUAAAGGGGGACUGGGUUGGUUUUGGAUGACGUUUUAAGUAUAAAAAACAAAGAGGACACUCGAGGAGCACGUAGUGGGAGUUAAACGCAAAGGGCGUAUAUCUCACAUUCUCCUCCAAGCGGGUAUAUUUUGGGGUUUUUGUUGCCAUGUAAAUAUUUGAUUAUAAUUUCAGUCAGCAGACGUGUUUCCAGGUCAAAGUCACAGAGGUGGCAGGCCCUUGUUAACAUGUAAUCGUCGCUACUGUUGUAUGACUACUCUGUUGUUGCAGAAAUGUUAAAAAUGAGGAAAAAUGAGCUUAUUUUGCUACAGAAAAGCAAACAAUC